GAGCGCUUCUCCUCUAACCGGAUUAACAGUCACGCGGAUUAAUUAACGGCUGGUGCGUGUGUGUGUGUGUGUGUGUGUGUGUGACCAUGGCCGCGCAGUUCCAGUGCAGGGUUCAGUUCCUGGACGACACCGACCCGUUCAACAGCACCAGCUUCCCCGAGCCCGCGCGCGCUCCCCGGUACACCUUCAGCACGGACACUGCGCUCGGGGACCAGCUGUCCGCCCUGCACGCGCUCCUGCACCCGCCGCACAAGUUAGAUGACUGUGCUCUUCAGCUCUCCCAUAAUGGCACGUACUUGGACUUGGAUUCAUCUCUUGAUGAACAAAUUGAUGAACUGGAGGGGUUCGAGCCUGAUGACUGUGGAGUAAAAGGAAAGAAACAUACUAUUAUUCUGAGAACUCAGCUGAGUGUCCGUGUUCACGCCUGUAUUGAGAAGCUGUACGGCUGUAAUGGCCGAGACCUCAGGAGGGCUUUGUUCUCCCUCAAACAGAUAUUUCAGGAUGAUAAGGACCUGGUCCAUGCGUUUGUGAUGGCAGGAGGACUCACAUGUCUGAUUAAAGUCGGAGCUGAUGCAGAACAGAACUACCAGAACUACAUCCUGCGAGCUUUAGGUCAGAUCAUGCUGUAUGUGGAUGGAAUGAAUGGGGUCAUAGGUCACCAGGAGACCAUCCAGUGGCUCUACACUCUGAUUGGCUCCAAGUUUCGUUUAGUGGUGAAGACGGCACUGAAGCUCCUGCUGGUGUUUGUAGAAUAUUCAGAGUCCAACGCCACACUGCUCAUUCAGGCCAUCAACAAUGUGGAUGCAAAGAAAGGACGAAAACAGUGGUCCAACGCCAUGGAGAUAUUAAACGAGAAAGACGGAGUGGACACGGAGCUGCUAGUCUACACAAUGUCCCUCAUUAACAAGACUCUGGCUGCUCUGCCUGAUCAGGAUUCGUUCUAUGAUGUGGUGGAUGUCCUGGAGGAGCAGGGCAUUGAAUACAUGACCUCACGCUACGGCAAACAAAGGAGUACCGAUCCUGAACUCCGCGAGCAGAUAAGAAUCUAUGAGGUAACACUUCAGCAUGAGGAUGGAGAUGGCGAUGGUCAGGCUCCGCCCUCAGGCUGCUCCAGAAAAGCUAAGGCUAAGCGUCAGGGUUUACAGAGACGCCACAGUCGCAGGCACUCGCUGGGCACGACAAGCCACGGCUCCGCUUUAAGCCCCGCCUCCUCACAUGGGACAGAGAGGAGUGAGCACUCAGAUCGUCCCGGUGCAGAAGACGAGGAGGAGAAGUGUAUGGAGAUGUCGGAGGGCAAUGAAAAGCCACCAUCUUUGCUAGCAUCUUUACUAGCCAGGCACAAGUCCUCAAUAACAGUUCCACCCUGCUCUGAGAUGACUCCACCUCUCCGUGGCUCCACCCGCCCACAGAAGCUCCUCCCGUACGUCCCUCACACUCCGUUCCAUCUCUUUUCCUAUGACAUCAAGGAGGAGGUGGAUCUAACACAGAGGAACAGUGAAAGGCAGGUGAAAUCGUUUUCCACACCCACAACACAGCAGAACGACAGGCCUGCUCUUCUUCUGUCUGCUUCCUACCGGCAGCAUCAGGAGUCCCUGGCUGCAGAGAGAGAGAGGCGGAGGGUUGAACGGGAAGAGCGACUACAGAAGAUUGAGAGAGAGGAGAGGAAUCGACACAGCCGGGACUAUGCUGUGAACAUGGAGGAAGCUCGACUAGCUCGGGAGGAAAGAUUUAAAACUGCAGAACGGUUAGCAGCAGAGGAAUAUGAGCGAGAACGAUUAAGGUCAGCACCUUAUGACAUCUCUCAGUCAUCUCAGGAUGACACACCCACUUCUGUGAUGUCACAUCUGGACAAGGCCUCUACAGCACACCUGUCAGAGGACGAGUCCAAAUCUCUUUCUCGCCAGCUCAGCUCAAAUGACUUUCUCGCCAGCUCAGAAUGUGAACAAAAGAAACAGGAAGAGAAUGAGGAAGAGAGCAGUGCUGAACAGGACAUUGAGGAGGCAGCAACAGAAGAGGAGGAGCCUGAAGAGGAAGAGCCUGUAGAGGGAGAGGAGGAGCCUACAACAGAAAUGGAUGAGCCUACAACAGAAGUGGACGAGCCAGAUAGCAAUACUGUAGAAUUAGAAGACAGUAAAAUCUUGAGUGAUAAAGAACGUCAGAAUGAAGACAUGAAUGAAAAGGAUAACUGCUCGGCAUCUAGUAUCUCAUCAUCCAGCAGCACUCUGGAAAGGGAGACAGGUCCGAGCAGUGACCAAUGUAGAGACAUCCUAAAUAGCAAACUCUUUAUGCUGGACAUGCUCUACUCACAGAGCCUGAAACCUGGUGAGGAAGAAGAGGAAGAUGAAGCAGAGCUUGAAAAGGAAGCUGGUACUCAGGAAAAUGAAAGUGUGGUGGCUCUAGUGGUGGAUGAGUCUAACACAACAGAGGAAAAAAGCAUUGAGAAGAAGUCUCAGAGUGGAACAGUGCGAGCUUUUGCUGAACGUUAUGGAGACCUUGUCAAAGGGCUAAGCUCACCUCCAAUCGAAAUGUACGAAGAGCAGAAAUCCCUCCCUCUCCCACCAGCUCCACCCCCUAAAAAAGAGUGUGACCAGAUGUGGGAUCAACUAAUGGUGAAGCCCCGUGAGCUGCGCAUCAGAGAUAUGGACUUUACCGAUUUAGGUGAUGAGGAUGAUGAGGAUGUUCUGGUUUCAGGAGAUUUGAUUGGGUCAGGAGCUCUGGCUCCACCCCCACCUCCCCCUCCUCCAUGCCCCUUCAUCAUUACCCCUCCUCCACCCCCUCCAGCCUUUGGAGCUGGACCAGCCCCACCUCCUCCCCCUCAGUUGGAAUGCCCACUCAUCCAGAAGAAGAAGAAGACAAUCCGUUUGUUCUGGACUGAGGUGCGGCCAGAGGAGUGGAAGUUUUUAGGACCAAGACGGGGACACCUGUCCCUGUGGUCAAAACUGGAACCAGUGAAACUUGACAUGAGCAAACUAGAGACCCUGUUUGAGAGCAAAUCCAAAGAAAUGAAUGUAACCAAGAAAACUGCAGUGGAAGGUAAAAGGCAAGAGAUCAUUGUCCUGGACUCCAAGCGCAGUAACGCCAUAAACAUUGGGCUCACUGUGCUUCCUCCUCCACGAACCAUCAAAUCUGCCAUUCUCAAUUUUGAUGAAUACGCACUCAACAAGGAGGGGAUUGAGAAACUCCUGACGAUGGUUCCUACCGAAGAGGAAAAGCAGAGGAUUCAGGAAGCUCACAUGUUGAAUCCUGAUAUUCCUUUGGGCAGUGCUGAGUCUUUCCUACUUACUUUGUCCUCUAUCAGUGAACUCUGUGCUCGCCUCCACCUUUGGGCCUUCAAAAUGGACUAUGAAACCAUGGAGAAGGAAGUGGCAGAGCCUUUACAGGACUUGAAGGAGGGCAUGGAGCAGAUAGAGAAGAAUAGGACAUUCCGCUAUAUCCUCUCAGUCGUGCUCGGUAUUGGGAACUUCCUCAAUGGAUCUAAAGCUAAAGGUUUUGAGCUGAGUUACCUGGAGAAGAUUCCAGAAGUAAAGGACACGGUCCAUAAACAGUCUCUGCUUCACCAUGUUUGCUCUGCAGUAGUGGAAAACUUCACAGAUAGCACAGACCUUUACUCAGAGAUUGGUGCCAUUACACGCUCUGCUAAGGUGGACUUUGACUUACUCCAAGAGAAUCUGGCACAGAUGGAGCACCGCUGCAAAGCAUCAUGGGAAAAUUUGAAGCUGAUCGCCAAGCACGAGAUGAAACCAACACUUAAGCAGAAGUUGACUGACUUCUUGAAGGAUUGUGCAGAGAGGAUUAUCAUCCUGAAGACUGUCCAUCACCGCAUUAUCAAUCGGUUCCAUGGUUUCCUCCUGUUUCUCGGUCACCCACUAUUUGGAAUUCGUGAGAUCAGCAUUAAUCGGGUCUGCAAAAUUGUUAGUGAAUUUGCACUGGAGUACCGAACCACUCGGGAGAGAAUACUCCAGCAAAAACAGAAACGAGCUGACCAUCGUGAGAGGAACAGAACACGUGGAAAAAUGAUCAUGGACAUCAAUGCUGUGACUGAUGAAGAAGAACAGAGUGGGGCAGGUCAUGAAAGCGGAAACAGCUGCAGCAGUAGUGCCCCUAGUGUAGGAAAAAAUGAAGGGCAGGGACUGAACCAUGAGGAAAAAGCAGCAGAGCAUGAAAAUAUGAAAGCAGUACUGAAUAGAAACCAACAGGGUGGCAGCACUGAGAUGUGUGGAGUACCAGGACUACGCACAAGGACAAGGGCGAGACCCAUCAGAAGUCGUCCUGCAUUAACAACAGCAAAUGAAGAUGCAAUGACUGACGAUGCAGCUGAUGAGAUCAUGGAGCGAAUAGUACGUUCAGCUACACAGAAUUCACAAUAUCGCACACAACCGCGUGAACGGAGACGGGCGCGCGGCAACCGUAAAUCAUUGAGGAGAACAUUAAAGAAUGAUUUGACCCCAGAGGAGGCGCAAGCCCUGGAUUUAGAAGCAUCUGUGAUGCAGGUGUAAAGACAUCAUCUAUCUUUGCCCAAACACACACACACACACACACACACACACACA